AUGUCUGACACCGAGGUAAGCGCGGCGAGCGCGAUAGUGCCACCCGCGACCAGAGCCAUGUUGCUGACUCGACUGUACUCUCUUCUCUGUCGGUCGUUGCUGUGAUGCUCGUUCGUCGCUCACUCCGCCGCGGCCGCCCUUUUUUUUCCCUGACGCCCAAUCCGCGCCCGGCGACGACACUCACCUCGCUCUGGCCCUCGCCCUCGCCGCCUGCCCGCGCUGACUUGGUGCUGGCCGCUCGCCUACUGCGGUACUGCCUGCCCACCCUCGGAAACGAACGGGCCGGUCGUCGACUGACAUCCUCCCGGGUCUCCCUCGCCCUCUCGCUAAUCGACACCUGCAUCACGCCUCUCACCUCGACUCGGACAUUGCUUAUUGCUUCUUUGGAACCAACAGCAAACCAGGGACCAGGAGCAUGAGGAGACCACCUUCGAGUCGGCCAACGCUGGUGCCUCGUUGACCUACCCCAUGCAGUGCUCUGCGCUCCGCAAGGGUGGACACGUCGUCAUCAAGGGCAAGGCCUGCAAGGUCAGUGGAUAGCUUCUUCGUUGACCUGCACUCUCUGCAUCGUCAUCGUCUGUCACUGUUGCAGGUGUACACAUCAGCGUGGUCGUAUAUUUGGGUCGUAGCAUGAGUUGUGUGGAGCCCGCGAGUGACUCGGCCAGACUGGUCCGAAAACGCGGCCAAGGCCACGAGCGCACCCUCGACCGGACUUUGCUACGAGCGCACGUCCAUCAGCCCGCGCCCUGUUACCCACCGCUGGCUCUCUUCUUCGCUUUGCCGUCACGCCAAAGCGAACGGCAUCUUCGACAGAACACUGCUCUUCUCCCCGAACUCGUACCACUGCUGACCCGUGCUGCACCCACACUUCCAUCCCCUCCUUUGUUCCGUCACCCCGCCCUUCGUUGGAUGCCCUUCUGUAGAUCAUUGACAUGUCGACCUCCAAGACCGGCAAGCACGGACACGCCAAGGUCCACUUGAUCGCCACCGACAUCUUCACCGGCAAGAAGCUUGAAGAUAUUUCGCCCUCAACCCACAACAUGGACGUCCCGAACGUCACUCGUUCGGAAUACCAGCUCAUCAACAGUGCGUUGUGGCCCAUUCGCACGCCUCGUCCUUUGUGCACUGAUCGUAAAUCUUGCUAACGAACACGAUUGACUCCUUCGAACACAGUCGAUGACGGUUUCCUCAACUUGAUGACCACCGACGGUACCGCCAAGGACGACGUCCGUCUCCCCGAGUCCGAGAUCGGCGACCAGAUCCAAGCCGCCUUCGAUGACGGAACCGAUGUGAGUGACAAGCAGGCCAUGGACAGACGCUUGACCGCUUGUCGUGUGCCGAUACUUACGCUUUCUCGUCUCGUGACGUCCUAUCAGCUCCUCGUCACGAUCAUCGCCGCCAUGGGCCAGGAGCAGGCCAUCGCCUUCAAGGAGGCCCCCAAGGUUCGUCUUCUUUCCCGGUUCGGCGGGUCUCAAGCAGUAGCAUGGAUCAUUGACGCCCCUAAACGUAUGCUAUCGAUCCUACAGAUGUAA